UCCGUUCCCCGGCGGGCAGCGCCUUUCCGCCAUGGAGGCUGAGGGAGCGGCGGCGUGCGGCCUGUGCCCGCCGGGUCGGGCCCGGGCGUCGCGCUACACCUGCCCCCGCUGCAACGUGGCCUACUGCUCCGUGCCGUGCUACCGGGCGCACGGCGCCUGCGCGGAGGCCUUCUAUCGCGACCAGGUGGUCGGCCAUCUGCGGGGGGGCCGGGCCUCCUCCCCGGGGCGCCUGGCACGAGCCCUGAGGCGCCUGAGGCGGCAGCGACAAGAUGACCCCGGUCGUGACCUUGACCCCAGCCGUGACCUUGACCCCGACGACCUUUGCCCUAGUCAUGACCCUGACAUCGAUGACCUUGACCCCGGCCUUGACCUUGACCCCGCCGAGCUGUGGGCCCAGCUGGGCCCGGCGGAGAAGGCGGCCUUCGAGCGGCUGCUGAGGCGGGGCGAGGCCGGUGGGCUGCUGCCCCCGUGGCGGCCUUGGUGGUGGGGGGCCGGCGGCGGCGGCCCCCCGGUGCCCCCCGACAUCCCUCCCCUGGCCGCCCUGACCCGAGGCCGGCCCUCGCCCCUGCUCCGCUUCCAGCUGCCCAACGUCCUGUUCGCCUACGCCCACGCCCUGGCCCUCUACCACGGCGACGACGACCUGGUCCCCGACGUGUGCGCCACCGUGCUGGCCGUGUCCGAGGCCCUGGGGUCCCGCCGCGUCUUCAGCAGCACCGCCGAGGCCCUGGGGGCCGCCGCCCGCGCGCUGGAGGCGGGAGAGCAGCCCCCCGGGCCCCUGGGCCCCGCCGGGGCCGCGCGGGAGACGUCCCGCCUCUUGCUGGGGGAGGACGGGGCCGGCCACAAGGGCUACGCGCUGGCCGCCCUGGGCCACCUCGCCGGGGCCCUGGGCCGGGCGCGCCGCCUGGCCCCCGGGGCCGAGGAGCGAGAGCGGCUGUACCGGGCCCGGAAGAAGUGCCGCUUCCUCCUCAGCUGGACCAACGAGAACCAGGAGGCCCUGAGGCCGCUGGCCCUGGAGUGCGGCCGGGCCCGCCGGGAACGGGCCGCGGAGGCGGAGGAGGUGGCCGCCCUCGCCGGGGAGCUGGAGAGACGCUGGGGGGGCCCGACUCCUCCCGCGCGCAAAACGCUCAUCGAGGAACUGAGCUGAAGGGGGGGGCCCCGCGGGGACCCUCCCGCCCCAGUAAAACCGCGGGCCGAGGUGCCGACGGGCUCUG